UUGCUCUUCCGUAUUUACUAGAGCGGGUCUGUUGCUUUGAUUCUGCAUAGGUGAAUAAUUGCCCGUAUGCUUUAAAAACAGAUAUACAGACAAUUGCAAGGGGCACACAGUGGAAUUAAUUUCUAAAACUAUGUUUUUUCUUUCUACGUACACAAGGCGGUUACGUCGUAUUUAAAUCAACAAAAGAAUAAUAAUAAUAAUUAUAAUAAUAAUAAUAAUCAUAAUAAUUAUAAUUAUAAUAAAAGGAUUUAUCCAUUCUUUCAAAUUUGUUUCUGUUUCCAAAAAAAAACUAAGAAAGGGGAAAAUAUACUACAAAACCUGGAACUCGAACAUACAAGUGUGCGCGAGAGAGAAAGGGGUUAAAAAGGACAUUUGGAGAGUUUCACUAUGGAAGAAACUGAUCAUAGCAGCAGAGAAGUGGAGCGUCAGGAUUCGGGCGAUGAAUCUAGGGCAAUUCUACCCCUGUUGCAGGCUCCUGGAAACCUACUCCCGCACAGAAUAACCAACUUUUACAUCGACAACAUUUUAAGACCAGACUUUGGUCGCAGGAAAGAAGGAUCCAGACGUGAUGAAAUUAAUACAGUUGAGAGAGAAAAUCGCUGUCCAUCGACUCCCGGAUCGGGGCAGGUAGGAGCUCCAGUGUCAGAGGAAGGAACCUCGAGCCCUAACAUAGUAAACGCGUCUAAGAAAACUGAUAUAACCGCGGACGCACCUCUGAAAAUCCGUGCAGAGACUGGAGAUCAGUGCUUAAGCUCAGAUUCGGAUUGCUCGCAAAGUAACGCUUUGCCGUCGAACAAGCCAAUGCUUUGGCCGGCUUGGGUAUAUUGCACAAGAUAUUCCGACAGGCCUUCAUCAGGCCCAAGAUCCCGCAAACCAAAGAAGAAAAAUCCAACCAAGGAAGACAAGCGUCCAAGAACAGCCUUUACAGCGGAGCAACUCCAGAGACUCAAGACUGAAUUCCAGAAUAACCGUUACCUGACGGAGCAAAGGAGGCAAGCUUUGGCACAGGAGCUCGGCCUUAACGAAUCUCAAAUCAAAAUCUGGUUCCAGAACAAAAGAGCAAAGAUUAAAAAAGCUUCGGGGAAUAAAAACACACUUGCAUUACACCUGAUGGCACAGGGACUGUACAAUCAUGCCACAUCAACAAAGGACGACAAUUCGGACAGUGAUUAACGUAAAGACCAGGACAUCUAAAAUGCAAUAAUUCUAAAAAGGGCCAGUGUACAAAAUACCAGCAUUAAAAGGAUAAAAAAAACUUUAUGAGAUAUGAUUCUGCAAUAUUAUAUUAUGUAUAUAUAUAUAUAUAUUUUGUGUACGGUGGUGUAAAACUUUUUCAUUCAGCGUCACUGCUGUACACUGACUGAAACUUCAGAUAGUCUGUGAGGAAAAGUACGCUUUGAUUGACACUUGACGUUGAGCCACAUGUGACCGUGUUUAAUCCAUGCUGAAGUCCAAAGAUUUUUCUGCUGCAUUCAGGCAACUGUGAUUUAAAAUAAAUGGCGAAAUGAUACUUUUAUCUUAUCUUAAUGUUUGUUUGUUUUCAUGUAUAAUUUUGUUUUUUACUCCGGAUGAAUGUUUUACUUUAUUGACUUGAAUUGUUUUACAGAGACAUGGUAUUUAAAAGACAACAUUACAUAUCUGAUUCAGUAUAUUUUAUUUAAAGGUCUGUGAGAACACUAUCCGUCAAGGAUGUCCUAACAUAUUCAGGAAAUAGAUCAGACAUCUGAUCUGAACAUAGCAUAUAGUCAGCAAAACCCGAAAGACAACAUAACACUUCUAAAUGCAAGUACUUGACUUAAUUUGUUGUCUGCUGAACUUAGAUGGGAAUGUACAAUAAAAGUUUCCUCUUCUUUUUUCAAAUGGAAAUCCA